ACCGCGUCGUCUCGUCUCCUCCCAUCCUCUCCCCGCCUUUGCGUCGCCUUUGCCGGUGUUUGUGGUCGAUCGGCCGGCGAUGGCGGACAGGCCGCCGGCGAUGGCCGACAGGACGGCGACGUUCGUGGACCUCGUCAUCGCCAUCAUCCUGCCUCCCCUCGGCGUCUUCCUCAAGGUCGGCUGCGAGAUCGAGUUCUGGAUCUGCCUCUUGCUCACAUUCUUGGGCUACUUCCCGGGGAUCAUCUACGCCGUCUGGGUAAUUGUCAAUCACUAGCAGCCAACGCACAUCACAUACUCUGGAACGCACUGCUUCUUCUUCUUCGAUUCUUCGAUUCUUUCUCAAGAGCCUGCAAUGUAAGGACACUUUCUUGUAGGAAAAUGAAAAUGGCAACAACUGUCAAAUAUAGGAGUUCUUGAUCGUUUCAGUUCUUAGCUUAGUCUGUUUCAAUGGUGCAGAGGUUAGCAGGGUUGUUGAGGUUAGUAGUGUUGUUUCCUCCCUGUAAACAGUGCACUUGAUAGCAAAAAGUUCAGCUAAGCUACCAAUAAUAAAGUAAAGUUUUGUUCCUAAAUGAA